UGCCCUCACGUUUUCUUUAUUUCACAAAUUAGUUAAGAUCGUGAAUAAUGUAAUCUAGUUAUUGGAAGGUUAUUACGAAAAUAUAGUGCCUUAAAAAUGAAAGCAAAAUAAGUAUCUCCAAAUAGAAUUGUCAUUAUUUUCUCUAGAAUUUUGUUAAUCGUGACAUCUAGAGUAGAAUUACAAGCAAUAAAUUGAAUAAAUGAAUAAUAUUGUUAGGUCAUGUGCAGUAAACGUUGGAUUUUAACUUAAGUAAGUGAUUAUGUUACUAAAAUUAGUAAGAUAAAUUUUAUAUAAGAAUUUUUCAAAACAUAACUUAUCACGGUAGUCGUACUUUAUAUAUUGGAACUAACGUUACUGUUGUACCAAUGGUAUUUAAUAGGACUACUAUCUAAUAGUAAUAGCACCAUUACUAGCACUACUAGUUGUAACUUGUAAUAGAACUAGACAGUAGAAGUCAGAAUUAUAUUUAUAGAUGUAGUGAUAGUGCUGGUAAGAUCAUUAGUAUGCCCAAGAAAAAUACAGUAUUUCAAGAUAUGCCAUACGAACUGCAAUUGAAAGUUUUCUCUUUUCUUACUCCAAAGGAGUUGUGUCAUUGUGUUGCACCUGUUUGUAAAGAAUGGUUAAAAUGUGCAUAUGAUCCAGCAUUGUGGAAGAGUCUGAACUUAAAAAACUUUGUGCGCGGUGAAAAAGAUGUGAACUCAGUAUGUACCAUACUGAUACGAUCCACAAUGUUAAGGUCACUUACUUUGAGAGCAUCAUCCUUUCCUCUUGAUAAAAUAGCUUUCUACUCAUCAUGUUUUCCUCUUUUGAGGAAGCUAGACUUGGGUUUUUGCGAUGGAGUUGGGAAUGAGGUAUUAUGUACUUUUAUUACUAGUUGUCCUCUUAUUGAAGAUCUCAAUGUUGAAGGAUGUGUAGGAGUUGACUGCCAAGCUGUGUGUAAAAUAAUUUGGCUCAAACAUUUGAAGAAACUGAAUCUUUCUCACUGUACAUUUCUGAACAAUGAAGCUGUUAUGAAGAUUGCAUCACAUUGCUCAGAAUUAGAAAGUCUCAACAUAGAUGGAAUAACCCGAAUAACUGACAGUGCUGUGUGUUUACUGGGUGACAAUUUGCACUCUUCCCUGCAACACUUAGAGGUUGAUGGUGAAGAUCUGACAGAUGCCAGUUACCUAAGCCUCAGCAAGUGCAUUUACUUAAAAACCUUUGCAGUGUCUUAUGCUGAAGAAAUGACAGACCAAAGCCUCGAGUAUAUAAAGCAGAAAAUGAAAGAACUUAGAUGGUUGAAACUUCGAAGGGGCUCUAAACUAACAACUUCAGCAUUGAACAACCUCUUUAAGAGCUGUUGUUUAAAACAUCUGGCUCACCUUGACUUGGACAGCUUGAGUUUAGAUGAUCGUUGUGUUGCCAGCAUCACGUCAUGCUGUCGAAACCUCCGCAGUUUCUCUCUAGCUUGGUGUUGGGAAAUAAGUGAUGUGGGUCUUGAAGAUAUUAUAUUACACUGCAGUAAACUUGAAGUGUUGGAUUUGACUGGUCUGUAUAAAUUGACAGGUGUUUGCUUGCUGAAAGUUCCCAACCUGGUACCAAGAUUACGUUACUUGAAUCUUGAACAGUGUAAUGAUAUCAUUGAUGCCAUACUGACAGAAUUGGUGAAGGUGAUGCCAUAUUUAAAGGUGAUCAACUACUACGGAGAGGUGGUGGAGCCAUCAUCAUUGUCGUCUAGUGAAUCUGAACAUGAAGACAGUGUACAGCCUUCUCCAGUUUCUCCAUAGUGGAUACAAGUUAAUAUAACUUUUUUUAUUUAGUGACCUGGAGUUCAUCAGUUGGUCAUUCUUUAAGGUAAUCAAAUUUGUACAAAAAAAAAGCAGUUUGCCAUGGAAAGAAUUACAUAUAGAUCACUGUUUGGUUUACACAAGGACAUGAGCUGGUCAUGGAAGGAGAAACGUGUGGGUUUAGUAUGUGUGGUGUAAAACAUUUAGUAGAUCACUGUUUGGUUUACACAAGAACAUGAGCUGGUUGUGGAAGAAGUGUGUCAGUUUAAUAUGCAUAUGAAAUAUUUUUACCCUUUGUUACUCCUUUUGAUGCAAAUUAUUUUACUUUUAAAUUGAAAAUGUGAUUGUUGCUUUUAUCAAAAAUAACUUCAAGUAAAUUGUUAUGGUGCUUAAAAAAAGACUGAUUGUUUGAUCAUGAUAAAGUAACAAUAGAUUAAUUUUAUAAGAAUGUGAUGAUUCAUAAAAAAAGAGGUGUUUCAGUCACUAAAAGUACAAUGAAUUAUAUAUUGUACCUGUUAAAACUUAAAAACAAAAUAGUUGUUGUUGCUUUUAAUAAAUUUAAAAAUAAUGGAAUCUUUGGCCCUGAAACACUGUCACUAAAAGUACUAGGUAUUAAUCAUUGGUACAGUCUUAUGAUCCUUCGCUAAUUUUAAUUACUGCUGUCUUUAAAAUUGCAACGAGAGCAAGUUAUGACUGUCAAGUUUGCCACCAGUUAUGCAGUACUAAGAAAAAGGUAUUGUGUCAGUUGGCUGAGACAAAGUUGUUGAGUUAACAUAAUAAAGGUAUUGCUGUUCUUGCUUUCAAUGGCAGUUGUAGUUUUGAAAAUAAACAAGAUCAGUGUUGGUUGUGACCUAGAGUAAACAAUGAUUGAAAAAUGUAUAUACAAACCAUUGUUUAAGUGAUGCAGUGAACAAUAAUGAGCUGGUCUGUAGUUACUUACAAUAAGUCAAAGCUGUGUUUGUUGUUCACUCUUAACAAUUGAUACUGUCUUUAUCCCUUAACACAUCAGUGGUUGCAGUUUACAAUGAACUGAUUAAUAGUACAUUCUAAUGGUCACGAAUACAAUCAUUAUUGCUAUCACAGAAAUCACAAGUACAGUGUGAUGGUCAUGAACAUAAACACUGUUACUGUUAUACAAAUCAUGAUCAGUUAAAAGUACAGUAUGAUGGUCAUGAACAUAAACAGUUACUGUUAUACAAAUCAUGAUCAGUUAAAAGUACAGUGUGAUGGUCAUGAACAUAAACACUGUUACUGUUAUACAAAUCAUGAUUAGUUAAAAGUACAGUGUGAUGGUCAUGAACAUAAACACUGUUACUGUUAUACAAAUCAUGAUCAGUUAAAAGUACAGGGUGAUGGUCAUGAACAUAAACACUGUUACUGUUAUACAAAUCAUGAUUAGUUAAAAGUACAGGGUGAUGGUCGUGAACAUAAACACUGUUACUGUUAUACAGAUCAUGAUCACUUAAAAGUACAUUAUGAUGGUCAUGAAC